AUGAGUGGCAUAUGUGUGUUGUGUCAGGUGGGGGAGUUCUUCCGCAGGAUAGCAUCUCAUCUGGAUACAGAGGAAGAGCUGCACUAUCAGGACCCUGAAGAGAAUCAGAACCCUGAUGAUGUCCAGAACCCUGAGGAUGUCCAGAACCCUGAGGAUGUCCAGAACCCUGAGCCUCAGACAGCAGAACCCCCAGGUGCGGACCCUGCUGACCCCGACGCCCCUGAGCUGACCAGCAGCUUGGCCGAGGGGGGAGGGGCCAUGGAGGCAGAGGCGGAGCUUCAGCAGCUGAGCGAAUCUCUGAACGAGGCUCGAGAGGAGGCGGGGACUCUCUACGCCCGCUGCCAGGAGACGGUUGCCGGGAUGCGCUCGGCGCUGGGGUCACACACCUGCCUUCUGCUGGAGCUCGACGCCGCUCCGGGCCUACAGGAAGUGGAGUCGGUGGUGCAGGAAGUCAACUCGGCCCUGCAGGAAGUAGAAUCAGCAGUACAGGAAGUAGGCUCCGCCCUGACGGGACUGUUCCAGGGGAUGACCAGCAACAACGGAAACGAGAAGAAGACAGGGGGGUCGCUAUGCCGACAGCUGCGCAGACAGCCGGCCAACUGCUGGAGACUGCAGGAACGAUGCAUCAGCUGCAGACAUGCCCUCCGCACAGAGUGUCCUGGUGUGUCGCAGCAGUACGGGGAGCUGCAGGAGCUGGUCCUGCUGGUGAACGCGUCGCGGCGUCAGUGUUCCGAGGUGACGCAAGUGGUGCUGAGGCACGUGGAACACACCCUCCUCUGGGCCAAUCAGAUGACGGCAAAACACGCCUGGGUCACCCACAUCACCAACAGCACCAGCGCUCCCAAACACAUCUUCAGCAUCAGCAAGCUGGCUCUUGGGGGCGGUGACCUAUCAGGACCGGAUCAGUAUCGGAGGCCUGGCAGGUGGAGGCGUGUCUAUUGGACUCUCCACCAAUCCCCAUGUCUGUCCCCGCCCAGCUGGACCCCGUUGACCCCGCCUUCAUCAACUACGUCACACAAGAGGCCCUGGAGGUCUUUAAGAACUCAAUCCCUACAGAGAGGCCGGACCAUGAAUGAAGAGCACCUGCAAACACACACACACACACACACACACACACUUGAGUGUCAGAACAUGGCUGCUACACACACACUCUCCUGACAGACAAGUCUAAGAACACGCCACACACACACAC